AUGGAAAAAAGAAAUAAUAUCACAGAAUUUAUUCUGUUAGGACUUUCCCAGCAAAGGGAAGUAGAAAUACUCUGCUUUUUAUUAUUUUUACUUUGUUAUAUUGCAAUUUUGGCAGGAAACCUGCUUAUCAUGAUUUCUAUCACCUGCAGUGAACUCAUUAACCAACCGAUGUAUUUCUUCCUGAGUUUCCUCUCACUCUCAGACCUUUGCUACACCACUACUGUGACACCCAAGCUGAUCAUUGACUUACUGGCAGAGAAGAAGACCAUUUCCUACAAUUGCUGCAUGACACAGCUCUUCACCAUGCACUUCUUUGGGGGAAUUGAGGUCUUCAUUCUUACAGGGAUGGCCUAUGACCGUUAUGUGGCCAUCUGCAAGCCCCUGCACUACACAGUCAUCAUGAGCAGACAGAGGUGUGAAGCCCUGAUUGCUGCUUCCUGUGCCGGGGGUUUCCUGCAUUCCUUUGGUCAGUUUAUGCUGGCCAUCUUCUUACCC